AAGAGAGCGUCGAGCAGCACAAGAGAGCUCCACAACAGUCCGAGAGAGUUCCGUAGCCAUUUUGGCUCAAGCCAUAAUCACGCGGGGGAUCCAAGUGUGACAACUGACAGCCCACUUUGAAUCCAACACGGUGACAUGGUUGCGAUGUCGUCGGCGACUGUUCUCUCAUCCGUCACCAUCUUAUGCGCUUUCGUGGCGCCUUCGGGGACUGUGUAUAACGCGGAGAUUUACCCGGAUUCAGAAUGCUCUGGCAGCCCUUCAAACAUUCGUUAUUUCAAGAAGGCCACAGACUCGCUGGACUGCUAUGUCUUCACAGAUGUCACUGGCGAGCACAUGGGGGAUAGUUUUGAUGUGACCUGCCUCGGCGACCGAGCAACUUUCAAUUCGUUUCGUAGUGAGAAUUGCACAGGCUCUAUCGUUGCAUGGGGGACAACGCCAUGGGCUGGGUACACAUCAAAAAUGUGCAUCGGGUACGUCCAUACUUAAUCAAAGCCUCGUGGGACAAGUCUUAGCGUCCAGCGAUUAUCCUUCCACGUGCACUAUGACCGAAGUCUCAGGUGUUUGGGCUUAUUGUCCCGCCUUCAUGACCUUGUUGUUGAGCGUUACUUGGGUGUUGCAGAAGAAAGUUGGUGCUGCGGCGCAGACCCCGUGUGCACCACAGGUAUUAUGCAAGAGCUUACAUGUCUGUGCUUUUAUAUUUAUUUUUCCUCCUGCAGGGCGCUGGCCACGCCAGCGGGGAUAGGGAUCGGUUAGCGUCAGGGUUGCCUCCUCCUGCUCCUCCUCGAGCCGACGGUCGGGGAGCGCGUUUUCGGCGCGCGCCCCGCGGGCUUGGAGGAGCAAUGCUUUGUGGUGUAGAGUACCGCGAAAGUCGAUCUUAACCGCAGGGGGAACCUGCAUUUUUUUUUUCCUUCGGAUUUGCACAUGCGGGCUCCUUGACACGAGUUUCACGGAUUGCCCCGAGUGCUCCGCAACCACGCUCCUCCAUGCGCUAGUCGAUCCUAGCCGCAGGGGGAACAAAAAAUUGCAGAUUUGCACGUGUGGGCUCCUUGACACGAAUUUCAUGGAUUGCCCCAAGUGCUCCGCAGCCACGCUCCUCCAUGUGCUAGUCGAUACUAGCCGCAGGGGAAAUACUGCUGGUUUGCUGCAGAUUUGCACGUGCGGGCUCCUUGACACGAGUUUCAUUGAUUGCCCCGAGUGCUCCGCAGCCACGCUCCUCCAUGUGCUAGUCGAUCCGAGCCGCAGGGAGACAUGCUGUUAUUUUGCUGCAGAUUUGCACCUGCGGGCUCCUUGACACGAAUUUCAUUGAUUGCCCCCAUUGCUCCGCAACCAAGGUCCUCCAUGUGCCCUCUUUUUUUGUUUGAGAGUCCCCAUGGGGGCCCGAGGGAGCCACCAGAGGAUCCCUA